AUGAAUCUUAAACCACAAGAUAAUUCACAAGUAUCCUAAUAUUUAAUAUACAUAUUAGGGUAAUCAAGCAUAAUACAAUAAAAAAUAUGCUAUCUAUUAUUAAAAGCCUGGAGAAGAAGACCUUAAAUAAAUUGUACUUGAAUUACCCAGCAUUUUCACUGUUGGCGACUGUAUAGAUUUUACUAUUGAUUAAAUCAAAAUACAAGAUUCCAGUAUAUAUAUUCUAAAUCAUAAUUAGCUUUUUAAUUUUCAGGUUAGACAGAUCGUUUUAAAUUGAAAGUAGCAAAAAAGAAUGGCAAACCAAAAGAUGAUUUACCAGGUAAUUAAAUUUAUAUUAUUUAGCUUUGGAUAAUGAAUAAUAACUCAUUGAUACUGGUGCAAUAGUAUUUGCAUUAGUUUUAAACCAAAAUUAAUAACAAUUCGAAAAAUAAAUAACAUUUGCUCCAACAAACAAUCAAACAAAUCAAAUCAACCAAUCUAAUCAAACUUAAUAAUCAUAAGUCAACUUAUAAGAUUCCUCAAUUAAACAAAGAACCUCUUAUAGUAAUAGUUUAAGCAACAACAAGAAGGUAUUUAAAUCUACCAUAAUGUUAGAGUAAAAAUGGUGGAAAUGAUUAAAAAAAUGAUGCCAAUGGAUUUUGUUUCUUUAAGUAAUGCGCUUGAAA